UUGACCAUAUGAUUCCAAGUGGAAGCCACCACGUGUGCCCCAUUCAUCAGUUUAUUCAUUCUUGAGCAACAAGCAUCUCGACUUCUACCAGUGCUAAGUCUAAAGAGUUACGACUUUUAUUUGGGGUUUUCGUCGAAGUUUGUGAUUAUCUUGCAGAAUCUUACCCAAGUUUUACCGAAUUUCAUUCAUUGUCAUACAGUCUACAGCAAUUGUUGCCGACGCCAUGUCCUUGAGGUCCUUGGUCGGGGUCCCUGUCGGCUACCUCACCGUCGUCGGUGUCGUAUGCUGCAUGGGUAUUCUACAGACACGCGCAGCCUCUAUCGUCGAGAAAUUACAUAACAGCAGAACGAGAACGAAACGGCAGUCUCUCUCAAACGACAGAUGCAAACUGGACAAGGGCAUACACAGACAAUUAACAGAGAUUGAAACAGAUAUUCAGAUGAUCUUCAUUCGCUACGUAUUUGACUCUCCGGGGGCAGAAUUAUUGGAAAGCUCUUCGUGUUUUCCUCCAUUACAUUCCUCGGGACACAACGGACAGUGGAUUGCUGCUCGAGUAGAACAGAUUCGCCAAUUUAUGCCGUGGUACAGAGAGAUAGAGAGGCAAGCAAACCAACCUCAAACAGUUCUUCACUCCGGCUUUUAUCCAGCUUUCUUAGGUCUUGUUAAUUUGAUUAAUUCUACUGUGGAUCGACUAGAGCAAAGAGUAGAGACUUUGAAGAAUCGUUCGGUGUGCGCAUGUCCAGAGAGUGUACUGGACGCCACAGAAGUUUUAACAACAAGUUGUCAUGUGAUACCCCCUCCUGAUGUGAUAGCCCCCGAAUCUUUGCGAGCUCAAAUUUCUAGCGUCAUUAGGCUACUCCUUCAAAUCAUCAGCGACCUCCAUUUAAGAAGGGUGCGAGAAACUAUAUGCAGGAAUGUACCAUUGUGAUGACGUCAUCAUUCAUACUAGCCAAUCACCGACGUCUGCUCCGUUUUGGAACGCCAGGGCUCCGUAACAUAAAUGUGGACAACAAAAUGCAAAUAUGAAAGAAACCAUCUGAUUGGAUCGUGCAUGGUGAAAGCACGCAUGCGACGAUGGUUUAUUUGUAUUUAGGUAUUGAUUACAAACUUUUAUGGUACGGAGCCAAGAUGUUAAAAUCUUUAGCCAAAAAUCUGAAACAAAUCUAUCGUACUUAAUCUCUUUAUUUUCUACAAUGUAAGCCUAUAUGUGUAUAUCGUUUUCCCUUCACAAUAUUUAUAUAAACGUACGCCGUUAAGACGAAUUUGUCUAUAAUCUAUUUAUUGAAAAUCAUUUGCUAAUAUAAAAGUUAAUGUAUUCAUACAUACUAUCAACGUCUUCGAUUGAAUAUGACUGUGGAAUUGAAUCAUUAAUAUGGGAUAAAUGAUAAUAGAUAUGUAUAUUAUCAUUUAUAUCAAAGUUGAUGGGUUAAAAAAGAUAUGCUAUUUGUUGCCGAAUAUACCUUUGUAGUUUGAUCUUAAGGUUCGUAGCUCUCCUUCUGUUACAAAAUGAAAGAAAUUUAUAUAUUUUUUAUGAAAUUAUAAAUAUGUGGAUCACUGUGUAUUAUUGAAUUCUGAUUUUAUUAGAUACAAGAGUGACAAGCUUGUAAAAUUUAUAGAAUGUUCUUAUAAUAUGCAAGUUGAUUUUUUUUCUUUUGAAAUGUUUGGACAUAUUGUGACUUCAACACGCAGUUGGUAGGCGAGGGUUUGAAAAAACUAACGAUAUUAAUAAUGAUUCCACAAAAAUACGUUAUGUAGCGUAUACAUAUGUAUAUAUAUAUAUAUAUAUAUAUAUAUAUAUAUGUAAACAUUUUAUGAUCAUAACAUAAUAUUACAAACAGAGCUGAAAAUUAAGAUAACAAAUUGUCUUGUGCAGUUCUGUAGGCCAUCCGAUAAAACCUAUAUUGAUGAUGAUGAUUAUCAUUAUGAGGAAAACAGUGAUAAUAACAACAACAAUAACGAUGAAUAUGAUCAUUGUUACCAAUUACUAUAAUAUUUGCCUGUUUUUCAUCAUCAUCGUCGUCGUGUUCAACAUCACCAUGAGUAACAGUAGUAUCAGGAGUAGUAGUAGUAAUAUUAGUUGUAGUAGAAGUGUAAGCAGCAGCAGUAGUAGUUGUUGCUGUAAUAGUACUAUUAAAAGUAGUAUCACUAGCCGUAUUUAUAGACACAGUAGUUGGAUAAAUGAUAAGAUUAUUUGUUCAUAAUGUAUUAUCAUUAUUAUUAUCGUUAUUAUUAAUAUUACUGUCAUUGUUA